AAAGAAACGAGCGACCACGAGCGUGCAAAAGAAUAGGGGACAUCGACAUUGAUUAAGUAAUAGGGCACAUAGUUUUGAAUUGUGUCGACGACAACGAAAGGGAAAAGGUCCACCAUCUUCAUGGCGUUUGUCCCGAGCAGGCAGCUCCUUCACGAUGAUCUGAUAAGGCUCCAGAGUGAGUAUCUCAAUAACAGUACCCUGCAUAGUAGAAGUACUCAAUUUUUGGAUGUGAUGUAAUGUCGAUGUUGAAAUCGGGGCCCCAAUAAAUUCAGAUGAAUUUUUCCAUCAAUGAAUAGCGUAGAGAUAGCAGCACGCUCGUCUGUGCGACGAGACUCUUGAAAGAUCGACUAUGUCGCAUAUCAAAUGGAAAAAUGUCUGGGUCUGGAAGAUUGCCAGGUUUGUCAUGAACAUUUUGCAUGACUCCUGUUGUCUGUGAUGCAUGCCCUAGCAUCACAGAUUUUGUGACGGCUUCCUGAUGCCUAUACCGCAUGACAAAUGCUGUUUCUGUGUAGCAAAACUUGGACUCUCUUUGCUGCUCAUGCAAUACAGAUUUUUUUGGAAUCCAAAAUCAGCAUGACAAGUUGGAUUCUUCCAGACCCAGACAUUUUUACAGUUGAUAUCGCAGCCCCAGGCACAGAACCCUUUCGCGACAGAUCGCAGCCUCGGUGGAGCAGCGGCGAGGUAUUGCUUCGAAUUCACACUCUCAUGUUGCUGCAGAUGAUGUAUGCGGUAUGUUGAUGUUUGAUGCAUAGAAAUGUUCCAAAAGACGUGCACUUCGGCGGCGCCUUGAAUAUCGAAUGGAUGCCAAAAAACAAUCAGCUCGCAAGCUCCUAUGGCUGCUGGCGGAACCGCAGUUGCAUCUUCGAGUUCACAGUGGGUCCAAGGCGCAUCGCGACCCACGUUCACCAAUGUAUAGACGUUAUUUGUAAUUCAAACAUUGAUUCGAUCGCACGCAGUCUUCAAUCCCUGAAUUGAACUUUGUAAUUCCUGUGAGUUGUGUACAGUUCUCAAUACGCAUGCAAUACUCCCACUUCUUACAGGUGGCUAAUCCUCCGGUCCAGGCUGGGAACGUAAGCUUAUCCAAAGAAGGAAAAUGAAUGUACUUAAAUGUAAUAUAUGGUGCUUUUACAGAUCAAAUGCAAGUCUGCAUUGUUCACAUUCAGAAGAAGUGUCUCAGGAUAUUAAGCAGCGAUCGAUCGUUUGAAGACACCGCGCAAUAGCCUUCAAAAACAUUAACGCAUGAAAAGUGCGUCCGUUCCUGCGGACACUCCCACAGUACGCAUUUACAUUUUUCUUCCUGGAUAUGCUUACGGGCCGAGUUACUCGAUGAGCUACCAGCCAAGAGUAUGAGGCAGCAAACCUUUUCAGCUCCGAGGAUUGCAUCUUGUGUUGCUGUUUCUUUUUUUAGAAGCGCGCGUUUUGUUGCACAGUGUGUCCUCAGCCUCGUCCAAAGGUCAGUCUACGUGCGAACUCUAGCGCAGCACUGAAACGUUCGGAAUCGGAGGGUUUUGCAAUUGCAUAAGGAAGCACAGCAGACAAGUCGGCAGUUAAGUACUCGGGGUAUUUGCCGCUAGAAGGAACGUACCGGGAUGACGACUGCAAGAUCGGGUAAACGUGACGGAAGACAGGAAUUCUCGCUCGGUUCUGAAGCAGCAAACAAUUUGCGAGCAAAUUGCAGGAGUUCUCUAAUCCAUCGGCCGCAACGGUUCUUUCAUGCCCUGAUUUUUUUCUUUUCUCAAACACAAGCACGUUUCUAGAUCGAUGAAAAGGCUCUGCUUUUGCAUUCUGUGUGUUUCAUGACCGUCUUCCAACUUCUAGCAGUAGAAGCGAAAGAACGAGAUA